AUGAUCAUGACCCCGGCAUGGAUGGUUGCCAUCCGCGGCGUGCAGUUCUUCCUCGCCAUCGUCAUCCUUGGCUUGUCGGCAGCCAUCAUUCACUGGGUAUACAUGGACGAACUCGGCCUCGCUGUUGCUAUUCCUCUCUUCACGUGGAUCAUCGUACUUUACACCGUCCUCUCCGAAAAGAUUUCUUCUCUCCGCAACCUCUACCAUACCUACGCCGUCCUCGCUCUGGAUCUGUUCCUUGUCAUCCUCUGGCUCGCUACGAUGGCUGCCUGUGCCGCCCGUCGCGCUACCUUCACCGUUGAUGUAACAGCUUCCUGCACCUCAGAUGGCUCCGCUGUGAACUCGGGAAGCUGCACCAUCUUCAAGCGAUACAUCGUCAUGGGCCAGGGCGCAUUGGCCAUGUUUUCUGCUAUUGCAGGACUGUCUGCCCUUCAGUUCAUCCUCUUCUUGGUAACCUUCAUUUGGACUCUUGUUCAGUUCCUGCGCUGGAGAAAGACCAACGCACCUGCCGCUGCUGCAAGCGCCAGUCAGGGUGAGAUUCAGAUGGAGUCCAAGCAGCCGUUCCUUGCGCAGCAGACUGCGUACCAGCAGCCGCAGAACGGCCAGGUGCCCCAGCAGCAGCAACAGCAACAAUUCUACCCACCUCAGUCCUACACGCCUCAACCGCAGGCUCCUCCUCAACAAUACCAGCAGCAGCCACCGCAGCAGUACCAGGAGAUGCCGAACCAGCAACAACAGUACCAGCAGGCUCCUCUGGCCCAGAACUACACUCAGCCGCCGCAAGACUACCAGCAACAUCAGCAGCAGUACCCUCCUCAAUCAUAUACCCCUUCGCCUGUCAACGGCACAGUUUCACCGACAAAUUCUCCGCCCCCUCAAGGGCAAACUUAC